AUGUUGGCUUCAGCAGAGCUAAAUCAGAUUUUAAGCCCACAAACUGGUGUAAAACAAAUUGAAAAAACAAAACAAAACAGAGCUUAUAUUAUAUACUAUGCUCAAGAAAAAUAUUUCAACCAUGUAAGGCAAUUUGCAAAUUUAGAACUGGAAAAAUACAUCAAUGAUCCAGUGUUUCAGUUUUUCAAGGCAUAUGGAACCUUACAUUUAGGUCAAAUACAAGAUGCAAUCUUACAGCUAGAAGAUGCCAGGAAGUGCCACUCUGAUGUUUCAUUAUGUUGCCUUUUGGCACUCAUUUAUGCACACAAAAUAUGUGAAAAUGUUGAUCGUGAUGCUGUUUUGGAGCUGGAAAACAAAUUAAAGGAAACCCGAAAGACUGCAGGAAUUAAUGCAUUAUAUUAUGCAGGAAUGUUUCUGUGGCUAAUGGGUAAAAAUGAUAAAGCAAAUGAAUACAUUGACCGAAUGCUGAAAAUGUCUAAUGGAUCUAGAGAGGGUCUUGUGCUUAAAGGAUGGGUAUACUGUACAUCUGACAAACCGCAUGCUGUUAAAAAAUCUAUUAAAUACCUAGAUGAAGGGAUCCAAGACACCACUGAUAUAUUUGGGAUGAUGGGAAAGGCAAGAUAUUUCAUGAUGCAACAGAAUUAUUCAUCUGCGUUGGAAGUGGUUAACCAAAUAAUAGUUCACUUUUCUGGUUUCAUACCAGCAUUUGUCCUCAAGAUGAGGCUAUUUUUAGCUCAGCAAGAUUGGGAGCAAACUUUAGAAACUGCACUAAGAAUCCUGAGUAAAGAUGGGACCAAUAUAGAUGGACUUCAAGCUAGUAUUGUAAAUGAGCUUUCAAGAACUGGAAAUUUGAAUGCAGCAUCAUUUCAACUUAGAGAUUUUAUUCAUUCUUUGGAGACUAAGGAACCUCAAAAUGCAGACUUACAUCUUCGGAAAAUUCUUGUGGUCAGUAGAUUGUGUGGGAAGAAUCAGCAAAUCUUGCAGUUAAUAUAUGGAUUUAUUGAACACUCAUAUACAAAAUUAAAGUCUUCAGAUGCAUGUUUUGCUAAUGAGCUAGGAUAUCAACUAAUUCUUCAGGGGAAGUGGCAAGAUGCUUCUGUAUGGUAUAAGAAAGCCAUGGAGUUGGAUGAAAGCAGUGUAGAUGCUCUAACAGGUAUUAUUUGGUGCCAGGUGCUGGAAGGGAAGCUAGAUGAAGCAGAGCACCAGCUGGAAUUCUUAAAGGAAGUUCAACAGUCGAUUGGAAAAUCUGCGAUUUUAGUUUAUCUUCAGGCAGUUAUUGCUUCAAAGAAAAACAAGAAUGAAUCAGCUGCAACUGCACUUCUGAAUGAAGCUGCAGAACUUCAUUUUUCUGCUUUACAUGGCCUUUCUCUGAGCAUGGAAUACUAUGAAAAGCUAAAUCCCAUGUUCUUGAAUGAAAUUGUGAAGGAAUAUUUAGCCUUCUGUCCCAAACAGCCUAGGUCACCUGGUCAGAUUGUAUCUCCCUUUCUUAAACAAGCAGCUAUAAUUUUGAAUCCAGUGAUUAAAGCUGCUCCUGGUGUGCUGGAGCCUCUUUAUCUAAUGGCACAAGUUAAAUAUUUAUCAGGUGAAUUGGAAAAUGCUCAAGGCACUCUGCAACGCUGUCUAGAUUUGGACCCUACAUCAGCAGACGUCCAUCUUCUAAUGGCCCAGAUCUAUCUGUGUCAAGGAAAUUUCAAAGAGUGUUCUCAUUCAUUGGAGUUAGGCGUAAGUCAUAAUUUUCAGGUUCGUGAUUAUCCAUUGUAUCACUUCAUUAAGGCCAAAGCACUGAAUAAAGUAGGAGACUAUCCAGAAGCCAUAAAAAUUUUAAAAAUGAUUAUCAGUUUACCUUACAUGAAGAAAUGUGAAAGUAAAAGAACCACUAGUACCAGUAUAACAACCAAUGAACGGGUGUCCAUAUAUCUGGAACUUGCAGAAGCUCUUCGACACAAUGGGGAACUGCAUGAAGCUACUAAAGUAAUGCAGGAUGCCAUUAAUGAAUUUAGUGGAACUCCUGAGGAAAUCCGCAUCACUGUUGCUAAUGUAGAUUUGGCUCUCAGUAAAGGGGAAGUGGAAAUAGCAUUAAGCAUGCUGAGAAAUAUCACCCCAACCCAACCAUAUUAUACUGAAGUUAAAGAAAAAAUGGCUCAGAUAUACCUUCAGAUAUGGAAGGAUAAGAGACUAUACAUUGGAUGUUACUGGGGGAAAAUAUCCAUCAGGAUAUUUAAUAAGAUGGAGUAUAAUAAAAUAUCUAUGCAUUAUCUUCUGAGUGAACUUUGUGAACAAUUGCCAAGUCCUCAUACUAGCAUUCUCUUGGGAGAUGCCUACAUGAAUAUUCAAGAGCCAGAUAAAGCUGUGGAAGUAUACGAAACAGCUCAAAGAAAGAAUCCUUUAGAUGCAGCACUGGCCAGAAAAAUUGGACAGGCAUAUGUGAAAACUCACCAAUAUAGCAAGGCUAUUAAUUAUUAUGAAGUAGCUCUAAAAAUGAGCACACAGGACUUCUUAUGCCAUGAUCUUGCUGAACUUCUCCUCAAACUCAAGAAGUUUAACAAAGCAGAAAAAGUUCUGAAUCAAGCUCUAGACCAUGACUCUGUUAAUAACUUGCCUUCCCUGAUGAAGGAUGUCAAGAGCCUGAUUUUAUUGGCAAAGGUUUACAAAAACAAUAAAAAAGAAGAAGUGAUGGAAACUUUGAACGAGGCCUUUGACAUACAGUUGAGAAUACUGAAGCGUAUCCCUCUGGAACAACCUGAAUUGAUCCCUUCUCAGAAACAGUUGACAUCACUGAUCUGUGUACAGUUUGCUGAGGAAUACCUAAUUGAGAAAGACUAUGUACAAGCUGUGAAGUGGUAUAAAGAUGCACUAUCUUAUACUCAGACAGAUAGUAAAGUAUUAUUGCAAUUGGCUCGUCUUUAUUUGACGCAAGGAGAUAUUGAUGCAUGUGAACAUCAUUGUGCUCUGCUUCUUCAAGAUGACAAUUGCAAUGAAAUUGCAACAAUGAUGAUGGCAGACCUUAUGUUUAGAAAACAGAAGUAUGAACAAGCUAUAAAUCUUUACCAAAAUGUUCUGGAUAAAGCACCAGAUAACUUCUCAGUCAUGGAAAGGUUAACUGAUUUGCUAAGAAGAAGUGGUAAACUUGAUAAAGCUACAUAUUUCUUUGAAAUGGCUAAGAAAAAAUCAACUCGAGUACCUUUGGAGCCUGGUUAUAACUACUGCAAAGGACUUUACUGCUGGUACAUGGGACAGCCCAAUCAGGCUCUCAAGUAUUUCAACAAAGCUCGAAAGGAUAGUGACUGGGGCCAGAAAGCCAUCAGCAAUAUGAUUCAGAUCUGCUUAAAUCCUGAUAAUGAGAUAAUAGGAGGAGAAGUGUUUGAAAGCCUCAGUGAAGAGUACAGUGAUUUAAAAGAGAAGAAAGAAUCUCAGCAACAUGGGAUACGCACAGCAGAGAAACUACUGAAAGAGUUUUAUCCUCACUCACAAGAGGGACAAAAUCAGAUGAAGAUGUUACAGAACUGCUGUUUGAUGGCCACAAAGGACAAACUUAAUGUGGAGAAAGCUCUCAGUGUAUUUGUAGAAAUGGCUCAAAAUGAGAGGGAAAGUGUUCCAGCUAUUUUGGCAAUGGCCCAAGCCUACAUGAUUCUGAAACAGAUUCCCAAGGCGAGAACUCAGCUAAAAAGAUUAGCCAAAUCAAACUGGAAUUUAUCUGAUGCUGAAGAAUUAGAAAAAAGUUGGAUGUUAUUGUCUGAUAUAUACUGCAAAAGUGGAAAGUAUGAUCUUGCAACUGAGCAACUGAAACGCUGUUUACAAUACAAUAAGUCUUGUUCAAAAGCUUAUGAAUAUAUGGGUUUUAUCAUGGAGAAGGAACAGGCCUAUAAGGAUGCUGCAGCUAAUUAUGAAUUAGCUUGGAAAUACGGUAAUCAAGCAAAUCCUGCUGUUGGUUUCAAACUUGCUUUCAAUUACCUGAAAGAUAAGAAAUAUGUGGAGGCAAUAGAAGUUUGUCAUGAUGUUUUGAAGAUAUACCCAAGUUACCCAAAAAUAAGAGAAGAGAUUUUGGAAAGGGCGCAAGCAGCUCUUAAACCCUAG